AUGCCGAGACUGCCUUGGCUGAUGCAUCGAUUCAAUGCACCCCAACCCCCUUCGACUGGUUCGUACGUCAGCAUGGCUUUGAGCCGGGGGUCCAAUCUACGGGUUGCCAGCAGCUUCUGGGGUUUUGGCUUGCUAAACAAUGUCUUGUAUGUGGUUAUUUUGUCUGCUGCAAUUGAUUUAGUGGGUGCCACUACCCCUAAAGGCGUUGUAUUACUGGCUGACGUCUUGCCCGCUUUGAUCGCCAAAGUCUCUGCGCCGUUCUACAUACACAGGGUCCCGUAUCCUUUACGCAUUUUUUGCUUAGUUGGUUUAAGCUUUGUCGGUAUGCAGCUUGUUGCUGCCGGCAACUCGUUUUUGCCCAUCAUAACGGGCAUUUGUCUAGCAUCCCUGUCCUCGGGAUUUGGCGAAAUCACUUUUCUCGCGUUAACUCACUUUUACGACCGUAACGCGGUUCAUGGGUUUAGCUCUGGAACAGGUGCGGCCGGUUUGGUGGGCAGCUUUCUUUUUAUGUUAGCCACUACUGUGCUACAUGUUUCGACCCGAUGGACGUUAAUCCUUUUCAGCAUCUCACCAUUUGCAUUCUUGUUGGUAUUUUUCAAACUCCUUCCGCCCCGCGAUUAUGUCCCCGUUGAUGUCGAUCUGAACAGUGAUUCUGAACCCCAAAUCAAAACCAUUGACCGUAUCAAGCCACUUGUUAGACCGUUCAUCAUCCCCCUCAUGCUUGUGUACAUUGGAGAGUACGUGAUCAACCAGGGGAUAUCGCCUACUUUACUUUUUGACCUCAACGAUAUGCCUUUUGCGGCCUAUCGGGAUGCGUAUGUUACUUAUAGCACGCUCUACCAAGUUGGUGUUUUCAUUUCAAGAUCAUCAGCACCGUGGGUUCGCAUACAUCAACUCUACCUGCCUGCCGCACUGCAAUUGCUGAACGUCGGAAUCUGCAUUUUGCAGUCGAUGUUCAUGGUAUUCCCUUCUAUUUAUAUUCUCUUUAUUCUUAUGGUCUACGAGGGACUUUUGGGAGGUGCUGCCUAUGUGAACACUUAUAUGCAGGUGACCGAAACGGUUCCAGCAAAGGAGCGUGAAUUUGCAAUGGCAACUGUAGGCAUGAGUGAUUCAGCCGGUAUCACACUCGCGGGGCUCUUAUCUCUCUGGCUCGAGCCCGCCCUGUGCCACUAUCAAAUGCGGCAUGACAGGCCAUGGUGCCAAUUAACCUAA